UUCCCUUGUCCACGGAGUUCCUGAGCUGGCCCUUGAAGAAAGGCGGAAGGAAUGCACAGCUGUGUUAGCCUGCUCCGGCAGGUCUUGUGCUCCCGUGGACCUGUGCAGUGAGCAGCACCGUCCCUGUACCCGGGGAGACGUCUGUGCUACAAUUGCAUCCUCCUCCAGCCACGCUUGAAGACGACGUAACCUCUCCACAGUCACCAGCAGUGUCUAUGUUCUGGGAUCGUCAGUGUGAUUCGCAGAACUUCCUAUGUAACAAACGAAAUGAGCCCGGGGCGUGGCAAAUACGACUUUUAUAUUGGCUUGGGCUUGGCUAUGACCUCCAGCAUCUUCAUCGGAGGGAGUUUCAUUUUGAAGAAGAAAGGCCUGCUGCGACUUGCCCGGAACGGCUCCAUGAGAGCAGGUCAAGGUGGCCACGCAUAUCUUAAAGAAUGGUUGUGGUGGGCUGGACUGCUGUCAAUGGGAGCCGGUGAGGUGGCCAACUUCGCUGCGUACGCCUUCGCCCCCGCCACGCUGGUGACCCCGCUGGGAGCCCUCAGCGUCCUUGUAAGUGCCAUUCUUUCUUCAUACUUUCUAAAUGAAAGACUCAACCUUCAUGGGAAAAUUGGGUGUUUGCUGAGUAUUCUGGGAUCUACAGUGAUGGUCAUCCAUGCUCCAAAAGAGGAAGAGAUAGAGACCUUGAAUGAAAUGUCACACAAGUUAGGUGAUCCAGGCUUUGUGGUCUUCGCGACACUCAUUGUCAUCGUGUCCUUGAUCCUCAUCUUCGUGGUGGGACCUCGCCACGGGCAGACCAACAUCCUGGUGUACAUCACCAUCUGCUCCGUGAUUGGUGCAUUCUCCGUCUCCUGCGUGAAGGGCCUGGGCAUCGCCAUCAAGGAGCUGUUGGCCGGCAGGCCUGUGCUGCAGCACCCGCUGGCCUGGGUCCUGCUGCUGAGCCUGCUGGUCUGCGUGAGUACUCAGAUCAACUACCUGAACCGGGCGCUGGACAUAUUCAACACGUCCAUCGUGACCCCCGUCUACUACGUGUUCUUCACAACCUCCGUUUUAACCUGCUCAGCUGUUCUCUUUAAGGAGUGGCAGGAUAUGCCUGCGGAUGAUGUCAUUGGAACUCUGAGUGGCUUCUUCACAAUCAUUGUGGGGAUAUUCUUGUUGCACGCCUUUAAAGAUGUCAGCUUUAGUCUAGCAAGUCUGCCCAUAUCUUUUCGAAAAGAUGAAAAAGCAGUGAAUGGCAAUCUCUCUAAUAUGUACGAAGUUCUUAAUAAUAAUGAAGAAAGUUUACCUUGUGGAGCUGAACAACACUCUAGUGAAAAUGUUUCCCGCAGAAAUGGAAGCCUGGCAGCUUUUUAAGAAAGGUGUGGUUGAAAGGUUAAUCUGUAGUUCUGUUAAACACUGAUUUGAGUAUCAGAAUGUCUGAAAAAGCACUGUCCUCAAUGUUCUCUAAAGACAAUCUUUUUUAAGGUUUUACUAAUUUGGACCAAGACAUUACUUUUCCUAUAUUUAAACAAUGGUAGUUACUAAAAUGACCUUAGAAUGUGGUGAAUUUCUAUUAACGUUUUAGUGUCGUAGAGGUAUUUUACAUUUUGAUUCUUUCUCCAAAAUCUAAAUGCACUAAUGACAGUUUUAAGUCUAUAAAAAUGCUUUAUUUUUUCAUUGGUGAUGAAGGUCUGAAAUGUACAUUUGUCAUCCCCACUCCAUCACUCUGGCCGUGGAAGACCAUUUGAUUGUACAGAAAGAACAAAAUUAUCCCAAUACACUAUCUUGUGAUUUACCUUACCUGUAA